CUAUUCAUAAGGGGGCGGGCCCAGCCAGACGGCCUUUGUUAACCAGAGGGCGCGGUCCUUAGGAUUUUCGCUGCGGGUUUCGCUGAACGGUGCUUGGUUGCCAGAUUGGGGUCGAGAUGUCCUACAUCCCGGGCCAACCGGUCACUGCCGUGGUGCAAAGAGUUGAAAUUCACAAGCUGCGUCAAGGUGAGAACUUAAUCCUGGGCUUCAGCAUUGGAGGUGGAAUUGACCAGGAUCCCUCCCAGAAUCCUUUUUCUGAAGAUAAGACGGAUAAGGGUAUUUAUGUCACACGGGUAUCCGAAGGAGGCCCUGCUGAAAUUGCUGGGCUGCAGAUCGGAGACAAGAUCAUGCAGGUGAAUGGCUGGGACAUGACCAUGGUCACACACGACCAGGCCCGGAAGCGGCUCACCAAGCGCUCGGAAGAGGUGGUGCGCCUGCUGGUGACACGGCAGUCACUGCAGAAGGCGGUGCAGCAGUCCAUGCUGUCCUAGCAGCCUGCCCAGAUCCCAACACGUGCCUGCCUCCUCUUGUACAGUGACACUACUUCCACAGUCUGCUCCUAAUCCUUCUGCUGAGUCCUGGGCCCCCGCUCAGAAGGGAAAAGCUGGUCCCACAGGUCUGACCUGGCCUUCCUUCCCCUCCUACCAGUGGUCUGAGGCUCUGAGACCAGCUCUCCCUCGGACACGGAAAACUGGAAACAGCGGCCUGGAGCUGAGCUGUAGUCAGUCUGUAGUGACCACAGGCUUGGCCCCCAGACCCUGCCGCCUGGUCUUGGAAAUGCCCAGGUGAGCAGGAGGCCCCACUUCUGAGAGCAGCUACAAAACAGUGCCAGGCGGGGCCAGCCUUUCCCACACUGCCCUGGCUGCGGGGCUCGGCCCUGCCCUGUCUCAGCUCCAAAGUGCCUGUGUCCCACGCUUUCCCCUGUUGCGCAGGGGGAAUUCAGCACUGCCAUAGGCACGACGAAGCUGGCCAGGACGGAAGCCAGGCAGGCUCACAGUGCACCCAUCGCACCCCCACUCCCCUGCGGGGUGCUGGCCUCCCCAGGGCUUGCCAGCUCACAAGAUUUAGACAGGAUUGAGGCUGACAUUUUAGGGCAGUUCUCAGGACUGCCAUUUUCCCUUGUGCCUGUGGGUUUAACUUUUGUAUUUUUUUAAUCACAAUUUUGAUACAAAGCAUUAUUAUUUGGAGAUGCCAAUUCUACUUUUGAAUGUAGAUUACUAAUUCAAUCUGGGAAUGAUGACUCUUAACAAGUGAACAUGCCUCACUUUGGUCACUGUGGAAAUGGGGCAGUAUGAAGCCAGCUGCCUGACACCUGACAUCUUGUGCCCAGUGAACAGUGCUGGAAUCCACAGUGGGUCUUCGCUGAGGCACAGGGGUGGGGUCCCCGGGGGGUGGAUUAUGGAGAGAGCUUUGGUUGUAAGGCUGGCUGACCUGGCCCCAGCUCCUCUAUGAAGCCCCACUUCUCCCAGGUCUACCUGACACGGUGCUCUGCCUGGCCACAUCUAUGGAAUAUGUGCAGGCACCUUCACUGCAAGUGCGCAGGGAGUCCCCAACUUCCCUUAUGAACUUGGUCUCAGUUCCCACCCAGGAGGGGCCUCAUGGACACCGAGGGGUUCAUGGGAGAAUUACCCAGCCCCUAAAACUCUUAAGAGCGCUCAGUUGAUCACAGGCAGGGACGCAACCCCAAGUUUCCAGGGCUGCCAUCUGACAAGACGGGGAACUGGAGAGCUCCAGGGUCUCUGGCUGGCUUGCCACAGGUUGCCUGCCCUACCAGCUCUGGGAAUUGCUGCCACUCAUGGACCCACUGCCAAGUCAGAUUUUCGAAGUCCCCUCGUUUUUAAAGUGUGACACCUUGUAACACUGGGUGGCCCAAAUAAAACAGGUGUGCAUA